GGCGAAGACCCGGGUAAAACUGGUGAAUGGUAUCUGCCAACAAUCCAGUCUACCUGCUCUCAAUUGGUCAGCAGUCAUCGGGCUUUGAAGAGAAGCCGCGAAGAUACGGACGACGACGAGAAUCAGAAUGGAUGCAGUCCUAACAAGAAG